AUGCAAAAAGAAAAUAUAAUAGAAUUUUUACUAACCAGUGGUUUUAAUGCUUUAACAUACGAACAAAAAAAUCAAAUUAAACUUAAUCGCCCAACUCCUCAUUUAUUAUUAACAUGUCAAGACGGUAAAUAUAUUAGAACAUUUCAAAAGAAUUGGUAUAAUAAAUUUCCAUGGCUUACUGGUUGUGAUAAACGAAAGAAAGCGUUUUGUUUUACUUGUGUAAUAUUUGGAGGGGAAAAGGAAUGGAGUGUUAAUGGAUUGUCAUCAAUAAAAAAUUUUUUAAGGAAAUCAGAAAAACACGCCAUUUCCCAAAAACAUUUAACUAUUCAAGAAAAAUUUCAUCUAUUGGGUAAAGUCCGAAUUGAACACGUGAUUUCAGAAGGUCGACGACUUGCUGCUGUAAAACAUAACGAACAGGUCGGUAUAAAUAGACGUUUAAUAGCACGUAUGAUACAUGUUGUUUGUUUUUUGGGCAAACAAGAACUUGCUUUUCGUGGCCACCGGGAAAAUAAUGAAUCUUUAAAUAAGGGGAAUUAUCUUGAAUUACUCGAACUACUGGCUCAAGAAGAGCAGUUGCUUAAAGAGCACUUAUUGUCAUCGGCAAUAUUUAAAGGGACAUCUAAGAUGAUACAAAAUAAUUUGAUUGAAUGCGUUACUUCCGUUUUAAAUUCAAAAAUUUUUAAUGAAAUACAAAGAGUUAAUUACGUAUCUAUUCAAGCAGAUGAAACGACUGAUGCAUCGUGCCGAUACCAAAUGAGCAUAAUUUUUCGUCGGUCUACAAAAAGAAACCUCAAAAAUGCUGUUUUAAAUGUAACUGAAGAACCAGUUUGGGACCCUAUAUCCGUUUGUACAGCAUCUGGUCUUUAUGAUAAGCUAAAUGAUGCGAACUUCGUAUAUUUCUUGAUUUUGUUUGGCAAAGUUUUUUUAUACACAGAUCAUGUAUUUAACUUUCUCCAAUUAAAAUCACUUUCGAAUAUAAAAUCUUGCAUUCCUGAAAUUCAAAAUUUAAAAAAAAAUUUGACCGAUUUAAGAAAUGAUACAAAUGUGAAUAACUGUUGUGACGAAGCAAUACUAUUAAACAACAAUUUAGAGUACGAAGACAAAAAACGAAACGAAUUACGUAAAAUUACAUAUGAUAUUCUAGAUUCAUUAAUCGUCCAAAUUAACAUACGAUUUGAAGACUUUCCAAAACUAGAGUUUGUAGAAAUUGUAAAUGAAAAAAUGUUUAUAAGCUACUACACUCAAUUUCCUGAGGCAAAGUUCAUCAAGUUAUUACAGCAGUACCCUAAUACUUUUGAUGCAAAUCGUUUACGCAAUGAAUUGGCUGUAAUUUAUGUGGAUGAUAAAAAACAUUUGCCUCCUCAUGAACUCCUAGAUUUUAUAAUAAAAAGUGAUUUACAUCAAGAUAUUUAUCCUCAGGUGACUAAACUUUGUCAGUUAGUGUUAACUAUUCCAUCUACGACAGCUUCUAGUGAACGGUCUAUGAGUACAUUAAAACGUAUCAAGACUUUUCUUAGAAACACAAUGACCAAUGAUCGGCUUUCAAGUUUAUCAUCCUUGGCGAUUGAAAAAAAUCUACUGGGUGAUAUGGCAUAUGAUCCAACUUUUGUAGACAAUGUUAUUGAUGAGUUUGCAGAUAAAAAAGAUCGAAGAAUUGAAUUAGUUUAUAAACAAAUUUAGUAUUAAAUUAAGUU